CCGUUCAGACAACCUUAGACACCCUUACUCGUAGCUCACCGCUAAUCGAUCUGACACGACAAAAUGGGCAGCAAAGACCUCGUUGCUAGCAUUGAUGCGGGCACCACCUCGACCCGCUUCAUGAUCUUCGACUCAUCGGCCCGAGUCGUUGCCUCUCACCAAACCGAGUUCACGCAAUUCUUCACUCACCCUGGUUGGCAAGAGCAAGACCCGCACGAGAUCAUUGACAAGAUCAAUACCAACAUCGUCGAGUCGGUCAAGCAGCUCGAGGCCGGUGGAGAGUACAAGGCGAGCGAUAUCAAGGUGAUUGGGGUCACCAAUCAGAGGGAGACGACGGUCGUAUGGGACAAGAAUACGGGCAAGGCCCUCACGCGCUGCAUUGCUUGGCCGGAUAACCGCAAUGGGCAGACCAUCUCUAAGCUGGCGGGCAAGAGCGAAGAGGGGAUCAACGCGCUCAAGAAGGAGACUGGCCUCCCCCUUUCGACCUACUUUGCCGCGGGCAAGCUGCGCUGGAUGCUCGACGAGCUUCCCGAAGUCCGCAAGGCCCACGACUCUGGUAACAUGAAGUUCGGUACCGUCGACUCGUGGAUCAUCUACAACCUCACCAAUCGCGCAGUUCACAUUACGGAUGCCUCGAACGCAUCUCGUACAAUGUUCAUGAACCUGCGCUCCCAAGCUUGGGAUCCUAAGCUGUGCGAAUUCUUUGGCGUCAACAUGGACAUCCUGCCCGAGAUCAGGAGCUCCUCAGAGGUGUAUGGAACGAUUCACGAAGGACCACUGAAGGGCAUCGAGAUUGCGGGGAUUGUCGGUGAUCAGCAGGCUGCUCUUGUAGGGCAGAAGUGCUUGAGCCCUGGAGAGGCAAAGAACACGUAUGGGACUGGCGCCUUCUUGCUCUACAACACGGGUGAGAAGGUCGUAGACUCCAAGAAUGGGCUCCUCAGCACCAUUGCCUACCAGCCUGGACCCAAGGCUGCCCCGCAUUACGCUCUCGAGGGCUCCAUUGCGGUAGCCGGCUCAGCGAUCAAGUGGCUCCGCGACUCCCUCGGCCUGAUCAAGGAGGCCUCCGACGUAGACUGCGCCGCCGACGUUGAAGCAUCAGAAUGCGUCUUCGUGACUGCAUUCUCUGGUCUUCUCGCCCCCGUCUGGGAUUCGUCCGCCUCUGGUACCUUGAUCGGGUUGAGCGGGUUCCACGACAAGCGCCACAUCUGCCGCUCGGUACUUGAAGCUGCUUCUUUCCAGAGCAAGGCGGUCCUCGAUGCAUGCGAAAAGGACUCGGGCGUGCCUCUCACCAGCCUCAACGUGGACGGUGGGAUGACCAAUUCGGACGUCUUCUGCCAAAUCCAGGCGGACAUUCUCGGUCUGGAGGUCUCCCGCCCUGCAAUGCGCGAGACGACGGCGCUGGGAUCGGCGUUGCUCGCGGGGCAGGCAAAGGGGCUCUUUGGGUGGGACAUCACCAAGCCAGAGACUUUGAGCAAGGUCAAUGUGUCGGGUCGUGAUGUCUUCAAGCCGCAGUUGGAUGCCAAGAAGAGGGAACAUCUCCUCAGGCAGUGGUGGAGGGCUGUGGAGCGUAGCCGUGGGUGGGCGGAGGACAAGGAGUAGGAAAAUCCGUGGAAGGCAAGUCGCAAAUGGAGUGAAUGGCAAAUCGCAUUCGUUGAUAUCGACUGAUGAUGAAGUCUACAAUGUGCUCGCGUUUAUUCGUCCGCUCUCGUCGAAACGCAACCUCUCCCUGCCUCACGCCUCCCUC